AUGUGCGCCAGGACAUUGGGGAAGUGUUGCAGUUGGGUUUACGGGAGAAGUGUCACUCGGCCGCAAUGGGGCCGGUUUCUGCUCGUCUUAGUUGGGAUGGGACUCGUGCUGUCACCGGCGACCGUCGAAGCUGGUUGUCGGCCGUUGCAGCGGAAGCCAUGUGAAGCAAUCUGCAUGCGACGCCAGCCUGCAAAGGACCAUAUCGAUGCGACCAAUAGAACCGGGCUCACAUUCUCUACCAACCACGACAUAUCCUCACUACAUGGACUGUCCAAUGAUGAGUGGACGUGUGAGCUUCGGAUCGUAGUGAUCAUGCCGGCAAAUACAAACGUCCAUGCGUCGCUGCCACGUGUCCGGCCAGUUCUGACCAAGGCGGAGGACUUUAUACGGCGUGAACGUAUCAUACCGGCCGACGUUGCCAUUCGGUGGAUUGAGUCCGACGACCGAUGUGAUCAGGCCCGGGCCACGGUCAUGGCAAUGGAUGGCACUGGAAGCGACAUGUGCGCCCAUCUCAUUCUUGGACCGAGCUGUGAGUUUGCUCUCGCGCCUGUUGCAAGAAUUGCUCGUUACAUUUACAACGACGGAAUUCCAGUGAUCACCGGUGCUGGAUUCACGUUCGAUUUCGAAAAGCCUAAGACACACUGUGAAGAUGAAUUCCAUCUGCUUAUCCGCACCGGGCUAGUCAGCUUCAAAAGGAUGGCGUUUUUUAUGAUAGACCUUAUUCGACAUUAUCAAUGGAACCGCGUGGUGUACUUCUACGAUCGGAAGAGCUACUAUAACGUGGCAGGUCCACAGACCGGUCACCUGGUGAUGAAUACGAUGGCGGAGAUUUUUCGUCAUGAAAAUAUUACUUACCUUCCGUUCGCGACUGAUUCGACCCGGAGCAACUUCACCGAGAGCCUAAAGGAAAAGGUCGGCCUUAGCUAUGCAAGUAAGUGCUACAGUCGCCUGCUGAUGAUUAAGUCCGUUUUUGUGAUUCUUGCUGAACUGUAGUAUUUAGUAAAACAAUAAUAACCUUUUGAAAAAUAUUUAAUGGAAGCUUACGUUACCGUAUGC